CACGGCCGCCGCCAGCNCGGAGGGGGGAAGCAGAGCAAGCAGGAGAUCCACCGCCGCUCCGCGCGGCUCAGGAACACCAAGUACAAGUCUGCACCCGCCGCGGAGAAGAAGGUUUCCACGAAGGGCAAGGGCAGGAGGCACAUCUUCAAGCUCAAAAACCCCAUCAAGGCUCCUGAGUCCGUAUCCACUAUAAUUACAGCAGAAUCAAUCUUUUAUAAGGGUGUAUACUACCAAAUUGGAGAUGUUGUUUCUGUGGUUGAUGAGCAGGAUGGAAGAACAUACUACGCUCAAAUCCGCGGGUUUAUUCAGGACCAAUACUGUGAAAAGAGUGCUGCACUAACCUGGCUCAUUCCUACACAAGCCAGUCCCAAAGACUGUUUUGACCCAGCAUCCUAUAUCAUAGGACCAGAAGAAGAUCUCCCAAGGAAAAUGGAAUAUUUAGAAUUUGUUUGUCAUGCACCUUCGGAAUAUUUCAAAUCUCGAUCAUCUCCCUUCCCUACUGUUCCUACAAGGCCAGAGAAGGGCUAUAUAUGGACUCAUGUGGGACCUACUCCUGCAAUCUCCAUUAAAGAAACUGUAGCAAAUCAUUUAUAAUUUUUUUAAGGACUGUUUUGCACUAGUUAUUUUGGGUGUAUCCUCCAGUUUGUAAACCCUGUACAAGAAGUCUUAAAAAUUAUAAAAUGUG